ACUUCAGUUGUUUUAUUUCCUUUAGAGUGGAGAAUUUAGUCGUACAACAUGCGCGCAUCCCCGAAGAGAGUCACUAUGAGAGCGCUGGUUUGCAGCGUUCUCGUACUCUGUGUGUCGAGUCAAGAGAGUGCCACGAGGAGCUACGAGGCGGACCUGCGAGAAAUCGCGCAGGUGGUGAUCAAAAAGUUCUUUCCCAUUAUCUCAGAACUGGUGACGAGCCCCGAGCUAUCCGUGGACUGCUCAUCGAGUCUACUGAAGACAUUCUCAGGAUUGCGGCAACACAAAGCAUGGUCGUAUCGAAUGAUCCUGUCGAACGCCAUGCUGUCCAACAACCCACUGGAGGGCACGUACGUGGCCAUGGGAGGUUACGACCAGUGCCUGCGCACGCGCGUUUACCUGGCCGACGGUGAGCUGGACUUCAAGGGUCAGUACUGUUCUCUGUUCUACCAGCUGCCACCAGCCUACUUCGAGACAUUCAUCAAACGUUUCCACGAGAUUGGAGAGUUGACUGGACGGAAGAAUCCUCUGACAGCAACGUCGGCCGAUGAAUUUCAGAGUGUCGACACAAGAGGUGCCCUCUGCACGCCCUCAACGUGCACUGAACAAGACAUGACUUUCAUGAUCCGAUCCAUAUUAACCCUGUAUGGUGGAAACGCCACAGUGGUUUCAUGCCGGACGGAAGAUCCGAAGACGCUCAGCACAGUCCACAUCAUUUGCUUAUCUAUUCUUGGUUUUCUGCUACUGCUAGUCUUAGUCGGCACAAUGACUGAGCUGAUAAUUAUGAAGAGGUGUCCCAAGAAGACAUCGCCGGCUCGUGGGCCACUCAGACUCAUCUUGUCCUUCUCGGCGAUCACGAAUACAUGGUACUUGCUACGGACCGAAAUAAAGCCAGAGCGCAAAGCACUCGGAUUCAUGGCUGGCCUGAAGGUCAUUAUGGCAUUCUGGGUUGUACUUGGCCACGCCUACAUACUUGUACCGACCGGAUUCUUCCAUUCUGUUUACACCAUGGAGUACAUGACAUGGAAUUUCACGUUCCAGUUUAUCAUCAAUGCUUUCCUCAGCGUCACAACAUUCUUCUUCAUUAGCGGCUUUCUACUUUCGUACCUGACAACAGAAUCGCGGUCAUCUGUCCUAAAGAAUAAUUUGUUACUCGUUUACAUAAGCCGAGGAGUUCGCCGUUACAUCAGGCUAACCAUUCCAACGUUGGUGGUGCUGGUGGCGGGAUUCUUGCUCCCUCUCACGGGAUCGGGGCCUGCAGACGAGGACGCCUACAACCAGCACAUCAGAAGUUGCUACCACAACUGGUGGAGGUUGAUUGUACAAGCACAGAACUUUGUCGAGGAGGGUCAACUGUGCCUCCAGCACUUGUGGUAUGUCAGCACAGACCUGCAGAUAUUUAUGUUCAUCGCUUUUCCGCUGAGUCUCCUACUCCUCAAAUACCCGAAGACGUCUCAUGUGAUCGGCGCCAUCGUGGCCGUGGCCUUAUGCAUCCUGACGUGUAUUCAAAUACACUCGUGGAACCUUUUCUACGCUUUUACCGGUGGAUCAAAUGACAUGAGGUAAGUGAGAAGACACUUUUUAUACUUGUACAUCCGGCCGUUCACCCAUGUGGCCACAUACAUCGUGGGUAUUCUCUGCGGCUACGCUGCAAGUCAACAUAAGAAUAAGCACAUCCACUUGAUGCUGCAAGCUCUCUUGUGGUGCUUGUCCCUGGUUCUUGUCUGCGCGGUCAUGUUCAUCACUGUGCCCUGGAACCAAGGCAUGCUUCCUGAGGACGUGACCAACUCCAUCUAUGGCGGCUUCCACCGAAUCGCCUGGGCUAUCGGAUUCUGCUGGCCAACGUACGCAUGCGCAACAGGAAGAGGUG